GCGAUUUCACUUGGCUCGCUGUAAAGCUUGCAUCCACCAUCCUGGAAUCGGCGCAUCGCCGAUCUGAUCUUCCCUCCUCAUGAUGCCAAACCUGCACCUCUAGUCCUCGGCGCUGCUAGCCCGGCUCCAACCCCCUGAUCUUCAACAGCAGCCUGCCAGAGAGGCCAUGGCAUCGGCCGCCGCGACAGUCCUCCCGCUGCGGCCCGCGGCCCGCUGUUCCUCCCGCCUGCUCCGCCACAAGCCAACGGCGACCUCUACCAUCCCAGCCCCCCACCGCGCACAGCAGCAGCAGCGCGCCCGCUCCUUCUUCAGCCUCCCCGGCGGCAUAGUCCCGGCGGCCCGGCCGGCGCACCUGACGGCGUCGCGCCGGCUCCCCUACCCCGCCGAGGCGCUGUACGACAUCAUCGCCGACGUGGACGCCUACUCCUCCUUCCUGCCAUACUGCCAGCGCAGCCGCGUCACCCACUGGAGGGACAGCGCCGCCCCCGGCGGCGGCCUGAGGCGCUCGCCCGCCGCGGGGAACCUCACCGUCGGCUGGGGCCCCGUCACCGAGUCGUACACGAGCCGCCUGUACUGCCUACCCGGCCGCGUCGUCGAGGCCGUGAGCGGCAAGGGUGCGCCAUCCAUACCCCGCCCUCGCGCUGGCGAUGACGAUGUCGAUGCGGACGGCCGCCCACUACCGAGACCGACGGACGGCGGGCUGUUCGAGAGCCUCGUCACCCGCUGGACCGUGACUCCUGCGCCUGCUUCGUCGGGGAGCAGCACCAACAAUGACUGGGCAGACGUGGAGCUGUCGAUCCGGUACCAGUUUGUGAGCCCGGUGUACCAGCUGGCUACGGCUAGUGUAGCCGACGAGGUUGCGGGGUUGAUGGUCAACGCGUUCGAGAAGAGGGCAAGGGACCUGCUAGGCUCGGGGGCGAGGGCGACGCUGCCGUCUCGGAUGGCUUGACACGCACAUGAGGCGGCAGUGGCAUGAGUGGAGAAACUUCAAACACUGGUGGUGUACGACUAGUAGAUGAGACUUACUUGGGCUUGGUUGGACAUGCCUAGUCCCACUCGCAUAUAGACCUAUAGACUUUGGAAGAUACCCAGCUCUAAAAUAGACGAGAUAAAAAACUACGGCUUAGGCAGAUGGGUACCUUUGCAGGCGUUUGUUUGCCUGCCAUUCUCCACUAUCUAGGGGCUGAGUUGUUACU